UGCUUUACGAUUUUCAAUAGUUUUAUAUAAGAGAUACAGUAUUUUAUAUAUAUUACUUUUUUCUACAUAAAAACAAUAUUUUAUUAAAUAAAAAGAAAGAGAUGGAAGCUAAUUGUGCCUAAUUAAAUGUUUCUCCAAUUAUACAAAGAUUAAAUUUUUGUCUUUACAUUACGUUUUAUGUGAUGAUUUAAUACACUUUCGAUCAUAUUUUCGAUCUUAAAUAAGGAGCAUUAUUUACUUAUUAACUAUAUCACUUCUGUUUGUCUCCGGCUUACACGGUAUUUUGUGAUUACAAUUAAACUCGGAACGUCGACAAUUACAUCGGUCCAGGAUAUCCGACUAAUACGUUCGUCAUAAAAUCCAAUUAGCGCGCUUAUGCAAAUUUCGAGAAAACUUUGACUAACUUCUGAUGAUAUGAUAUUAUACACCUUCUUGUAUAUUUAUGUGUACAUUACAUACCAAUUUCCAUAUGUAACAUGGAAAUUUAUCUUCAAAGUCAAAGGGGAAUAUGAAGGAGCAGCUUUCCAAGUAUAUAGGUGACAUCGAAUGACGUGACAUUCCAGUGAUGUUUUAUUGACAUUAAGAGUAAUUGAGACAUUAUUAAGACGUCAAUUGAUAUCACCUUGCUACUUGGAUCAAUCCACAACUUGAUGUUAAUUUGAAUAAUAAAUUUUCAAAAUUUGUAAUCAAUUUUGUCUUAAUGUGCGAAUAUCAAGAUAAAUUAUCCUUUAUUGUACAAUAUCCAAUUUUUCAAAUUAAUAUCUAUUCGUAUUCAAAUUGCGAAUUGAGAUUCUAUUAAAAUAAAGUCAAUUUAAAAUUAACUACAGAAUAUAAAAGUUUGUUGUAUAUUUAUUUAUUUGUUCGAAAUUGAGUUUGCAAGUUUCUUUGAAACACUUAUAACUCGGACAUUACAGACAUCUUGAUGUUUUUGUUAAAGGAAAAGCAAUUGUCAAUUUAUCGAAGGAGUAUCGUUAAAGUUAAAAUUGUAAAUUAGAUAAAUAAAUUGCCUAUGAAAUUCAUAGCAUACGACUCACUUGAGCGAUUAGAUUAGCCCUUACAACGCCUGGCGUGAACUUCGCGUUACUACCACGAAAUAAAUGAUGAAAGAUAACGCGAUACACUUUGAAGAAAUUUAUGCCUCUUCUAUAACUUCAAACCAUGGGAAUGUAAUCCUCUUAAAGUUAAAUUAGUAAAGUUAGAACGUGUUAUAUAUGCUGCUUCCUAAUAUCAAUGUAAAACUUUAAAUAAUGAAACUUAACAUUUCAAACCAUUGUGCGAAAUAUCAGGAACGAUUUCGAACGAGCGAUGAAACCAAUCAAUGCGUCUUAAACUAUAAUUCAAUUAUAAUUCAAAAUAAAAUAGUACAAAUAUUUUUUAAGCUAAUAACAUGUCGUAAUUUUUAAAUAUUACAAAAGAUAUGGGUCGUGCCUUUAUUUCACGAGAAAUUUCUAUUUUCCAGAGGUAACAACGUAAAGCCGUAAAAAUUCGUCGAAAGGUUGGAACACAUCGAUCGAUAUACAACACCAUCGAUAGAAAACACGCCAGACUGUCACACAGGUUUAAUCGCAUUGGUCGCUAGUACGCAUCACGAACAACGAUUUUUUAUGUAUAAUGUAAAAGAAAAAUUAAAUGUACAAAUUUAUUCUAAUAUCUACAGUAUAUUACAAAUUUAAGUGAAAGAGACAAACCAACAAAAAGAUACAAGAAAAAAUUUAAAAACAAAAAAUAAGGAAAUAUGGACAAUGGAAAUCGGACACUGUGUGUGGGUAUAUUUAAUAGAAUGCAAAACUUCCCACCAUUAACUGUCAGAGGAAAUAACAUUGGCAGAACUUGGUGUGCAUGGAAACAGAAAUUUUUGUCUUUUCUGCAGAAAGAAGAUAGCAAAGAAUUAUAUAAAAGUCAAUGGACAGUUAUAUUGUUAAUGUUGAUUGGACCGGUUGGAGAAAAAGCAUAUAAGAAUCUUCCUCAAAAUAAAGCAAUAGAUCAAAAUCAGACGAAAGAUCUAGAAACAGUAUUACGUGAAUUAGAUUUACACUUCAUUUUUGGACUUAGAAAAAAGCAGGAUAACGAAAGCAUUGACAACUAUAUUGACAGUUUGACACUUGUUGCUCUUGCAAGCAAUCACAGUAAUCCUAUGAAUGUCGUGAAGGAGAAGAUUAUAGAAGACAUUAAAAAUUACAAUUUUAUGGAAAAAGCUAUGCUUUUUGUACGAUUUAAGGGAGAUCUAAUAUCGUACUUACAAUCGUUGGAUCUUCAUAAAAUUACGCAAUUUUGGCAACAGUGUGAGAAACUUAUGUCGUCGAAGAAUCAUGAGGACAUACAAAGACAAUUUCCUUGUAAUUCGCAGUCCGAAAUUGAAUGCGUUCGUUGCGGUACCCAUCAUAGCAGGAAUCGUUGUCCAGCUCAUGGAUUGCAAUGUGACAAUUGUAAAGGGUACAAUCAUUUCACAGAUAAAUGCAAGGUAAAAUUCGUGUCAGACUGCACUAAAUGUGGAACGCAUCACGUUCAGUCACGUUGUCUCGCUUUCGGCGAAUUGUGCACGAAUUGUGGCAAAAUGAAUCAUUUCUCGUGGUUGUGUCAAGUUCCUGUUGUAAAAAAUUGCCCCAGAUGUGGUAGGGAUCACGCUAUAUCUAUGUGUCCGGCACAAGGCCAUGUAUGCUCUAAGUGCAAGAAACCAAAUCAUUUUAAGGAAAAAUGUUUGAGCAAAUAAAUAAUGAACGAGAAUAAUAUGCGGUAUAAGUACUUUCUUAAAAGUUUUAAAGGGUGACAGUACUCAGACUAAUGUUUCUUUUAAUAACUUCUUUAUUUAUUCGGAAGCUCUUUCAAAGUAAAAGUGAAAUUCUAACUUUUAAUAUUGAGUAUUUUCGCAAAUAAGUCAUAAAAAAUUAAAAUUUUGUUACAGUAGAGAGUAUUUGAAAUUCAAGAAUAUAAUUUUGUCAUCUAUUCUAUGAAGUACAGUUCAAUUUUUUGAUAACAUUUUUUAAAAUUAUUAGUACAUAUCUUAGAAUUUAUUAAUGCCUUCUGUUCAUUUUGGAUAUCUUUGCUGUAUAAAAUUUAUUUUCAAAUUUAUGAAUAGAGCAUCUUGCAUAUCGCAAUAUGGAAAUAAAAUAAUGUUUCAAUAAUAUGUUCUUUUUAUAACAAUAUUUUUUGUUUUCAUAAUAUUAUUUUUAUUGUAAAAUGUUAUAGUUUCAUCAAGAAGUUUGUUAAUCUUUUAUAAGAAUUAGAUAUAUAGAAAAAAGAUGUAUUUUUCGACUGAUCUAAUGUUAAAGUUUUUAAUACUUUGUUAUGUAAAAAAUAACAUAUAACUUAAUUUAUAUAACUAACAUUUGAAACCUUACAGCCUAUUAUGUUUAGAUAAUUAAACUACAUGAAAAAAGUUGCAUUAAAAUAAGCAUUAUUGAGUAUUACAUGCUAAUAGAUUUUUUUAAUUUUGUUUCUCUAUGACUACGGAUAUUGUUUUUUUAUAAUUUUGUAUCUAAUAUUAAUCAUAUAUCUAUAAUUCUAAUGUUCUGCUGUAUGUUAAAUUUUUUAUCAUGAUUUUUAAAUAUGUAAGCAACAAAUGAUUAACGUUUUAUAAUGGAUUAAUUAUAAAUAUAUGAACAAUAAAGAGUUUUGCAAAAUAAAGUAAAAA